CGACGACAAGACCCUCACUCCACAAAAUCCAUUUCUAAUACACAGCACCGACACAACUACACCCUCACUCGACAACAUCACUCCUUGAGAACCAAGGAAGGAAGUCGAGUGACAUCCUCUCUGACAGGAAUUCGAGUGACACCCUCUCUGACAGGCACAAUCGCCCCAGCGGCGCCGCUGGGUAUAGGGUAUAUGAGGGACCUGGUGUGCGUCGCUGGAGCACCUCUCCUUCAUCACCAUGUCCUCCCUGGUUACCAAGCGCAUCACCCGCUCGAUGAGCACCCGGGCUACCAAGCGCCAGCGCCUCCAUGAGCAGCUGAUCUCCUUGGGAAUCGAAGAGACCUACCCCAUCCUCCUGGCCGUCCUCUCGAUCCCUGAGCUGAUCGAGAUGCUCCCCGCUUGCAGUCUCGCGAAGCUCAAGGCAACUUCCAGCGACGUGAGGGCUCUGCUCUCGACCAAGACCGUGGGGAUUCGCAUCUGGGCCGAGUGGUUCAACAAGCAACACCACACCAGACUCCUCUCCGAUGGCUGCGUCCAACUGGUCAAGUAUUUCCCCACCGGGCCAGUCGCCUUCGACGUCAAGUGGCUCAAGACCAUUCCGAAAUACGAGGUCUCGGCCGAGUUCGUCCGAGUCGCAUGCCACACCCGCCUUGGCAACCCCGAAUCCCAUAUCGUGCAGCGACUCCUCGAGGCCAAGCAUAUCCCCACUGCGAUGUGGGUCGUCGAGAACGGGUUCUGCGAUGGCGAAAUCCACAGCAAAUGCCUUUCCGUCUUGACCAACCGAUCCGAGGCACUCGACGACUUCCUCGUUGAUCAUAGGAACAUCUUUCUCAGGGGACCAUCUGUCGAGAUCGCCCAGGCGUACUUUCAGUGGCUCAAGUCGUUGGACGCAUCAAAAUUGAAGAUCAAGUACACCUUCCACGAAUGCUAUCGAUUCGGCAGAGGUACUGAUGCCAACCCGACCCGGGCCUUGGAUCUCCUGGUCGAAUGUGCUCGAAGUGGUUAUCAUGACAGCGUCCAGCAGAUCUACGACAUCUGCCGAUAUGGAUGGAUCCGACAUGCGCCCCAUGCAUCGUCCAUCUGGCAUUGGUUGUCUGAAUCGUCGGGGCACAGUCUCCCUGAAAGGGACAGGAACCUUCUGAGUGUCUACUGCAUGAAGAACUCGAUUGGCUUCCCUCGAUGGAUGACCUGCAAGGCUACAUAUCAGUAUAGGCUGCUCAUGGCGUACAGGGAUGGUAGCAAGAUAGCACGCCAGCAAAUCCUCAGCAUUUCCCCCAGUGCACCACAUAACUGGGAUCGCCCAGACCACUGGGUUGAUAUGAUCGCUCUGAACGACAUCACAGCAGCCAGAAACGACCCCCAAGUUCAAGUCGUGUUUGUCAAGCUACUCAAGCGCUCCAUCAUGGUCAAGAGCAAUGGUGCUGUUCUUUGGUCUCACUAUGAGAGGCUCAUUCGCGAGCGCUACACACAGUGAAUGGAGUACGCACCCCUUCUUCAGAUGUAGGCACCAUCGAGCCAUGGUUUUGUGUGGUGUGGUCGAUUUGUUUGUAUUUUGAUGCAUAGCUGUACUCCCCGCUACACGAUGGUGGUGUGGGAGAUGUCGGACAUCAAAUACACAGCCCACUCCAUGACUAAUGCAGAAUUCUGUCGUCCUAAUGCACGCCCACUCGAGAGCUGAUGCACGGGUGAUCCACACUAAUACACACGACCCGAAACGUCUCCAUGGUUCGUGGAGUGGUCUUGUUCGCUCUGAA